AUGAGCAAACUAGGAGCAAAGCAAAAAGGGAAAAAUAAAUACCAUCCAAUUGUUGAUUCUACGACGAAGCAGCUCAUAAACUUUCAUCGUAUCCACGAUCACAUGGCAGAUCUUGCUGCAAAAUACAAGACUUAUCGACUUGAGAGCCCAUUUCGGAGAGAGAUUUACACUUCUGAUCCAGCUAACAUUGAGUACAUUCUAAAAACCAAUUUCGACAACUAUGGAAAGGGAGAUUACCAUCAUGAGAUUCUAAAAGACUUUUAUGGAGACGGUAUGUUUACUGUAGACGGUGAGAAAUGGAAAGAACAGAGAAAAGUUUCGAGCCCUGAGUUCUCGAAAAGGGUUAUAAGGGAAGUUAACAGUGUUAUCUUCAGCAAAAAUGCAGUAAAGCUUGCUAACAUCUUAGAUGAAUCCGCAAAUUCAAAAGAAACAGUAGAUAUUCAAGAUUUACUUUUGAAGUCAAGUUUGGAUUCAGUAUUUCAAGUUGCUUUCGGGAUUGAACUUGACAGUGUAUGUGGUUCAUGUGAAGAAGGGGCUAACAGAUUCAUCAAAGCACUUGAUGACGCGAGUGAAAUGAGUCUUUUGCGAUACAUUGAUAUGUUCUGGAAAAUAAAAAAGGCACUAAAUUUUGGUUCUGAAGCAAAAUUGAGGAAAAGUAUGGAAAUCAUAGACGUGUACAUGUAUAAGCUUAUCCGUAGCAAAGCUGAACAGCUUUCACAACAACGCGAUCCCACAGAGAAAGCAGAGAACAUUAUGUCAAGGUUCUGGCAUUACUCUUCGACGAAUCCAAAGUACUUGAGAGAUAUACUGAUAAACUUCAUGGGUGGUGGUAAAGACACAACAGGAACGACACUCUCGUGGUUUAUUUUAAUGCUCUGCAGGUAUCCACAUGUGCAGGAAAAACUGGCUGAGGAAAUCAAAGAAACAACGAAUACGAAAGGAGGCAGUGGAACAAUUUCAGAUUUUGGGGCCAAUCUGAAAGAAGAAGCAGUAGAUAAGAUGCAUUAUCUUCAUGCUGUUCUUUCGGAGACUAUAAGACUAUAUCCAGCCAUUCCCGUGAAUGCCAAAGUCUGCCUUCAAGAUGAUGUAUUUCCAGAUGGAUAUAAUGUGAAGAAAGGAGAUAUGGUAGCGUACCCACCAUACGCGAUGGGUAGGAUGAAAUACUUAUGGGGUGAUGAUGCUGAAGAAUUCAAGCCAGAACGAUGGCUCGAUGAGAAUGGCUCCUUUAAGCAAGAAAGCCCCUUCAAAUUUACUGCCUUCCAAGCUGGGCCAAGGAUAUGUAUUGGAAAGGAAUUUGCAUACAAGAACAUGAAGAUUACUGCUGCAGUUUUAAUGCAAUUCUUUGUAUUCAAAUUGAGUGAUGACACAAAGCCUGUGAACUACAAAACUAUGCUUCAGCUUCAUAUAGAUGGAGGAUUACAUGUUCGUGCCUUUCGUAGAAUCAAUAGCUACUAG